GCGAAUAGCCACGGAGAAGAACAGUGUUAGCGCAAGUUUUAACCUGGCUUCAAUGGCAGGUGCAGAUUUACAGACAGACAAACAACAAGGAAAGUUAGAUAUAUCGGAUUAUGGCGACAAAAUGUGAUGAUAUAAAAUCUACCUGUGGAUAAAUAAGUGCUUUGUUAAAUUACUUUGUGUAUUUUAUAAAUGUUAUAUUUAUGUUGUUUUUUGGUUAAAUGCAACUAUUAAAGUUUUAUUCUGUGCGGGUUACCACCAAAAGUCAACCUCUUUAUAGAGGUCGUGUUGGCGUGUGCAGAAAAUGAAAUGGCGGAAUUUGUCAUGGAUACUUUUACUUACUUUCACUUUAUUGAUUAAAAAUUGUUAUUGUCGUGGUGUAUUAACUAUCUGGUUAUUAAACUAUCGGAAUAUUAAGGGUAGAACGUAUGAUGGUAGUUGUUGUGAUGCAGCACCUCUAGGAUCAAGCACAUGUCCAGAUCAAUGUGAUUAUGUUAUGAGAUGUAUUGUUACCGGGCUUGGCAGGGCCAAUGAUCAUGUAUUUUUAUUUCAUCGACCUAUAAAAUAUGAUAGCAAUGAUAUAUCGUUUGAAGAUGAAUCCAGUCAGAUGACACAAUUAACAGUUUUAUUUGACGAAUGGCCAGCUGCGGGUAAUGUUAAGAUGGAUGUGUUUUUCUAUGAUUAUGAUGAUGAUGAUCAUACGACUGUUCUAGUUGAUUGGUUUGAGACACCAUUAAGGCGAACUGUUGAUAAGGGUGAAAAACAACUAGAAACAGUAAAAGGCAGUCGACAACUUGAUAAAACUAUAUUAGAGUUUAGAUGGUCUGUACAUUGUUUUGGUGCAAACGAUUGCCUGAAGCCCCCACCAGAAUGGCACAAAUGGCCGUGGCAGCCAGAAGAAAGGACAGCCGUGCUUCUAGAAUCAAGUAGCGUUCGGACUUUUGAUUCCACAAAACAUCUCUCAAAAGCUAACAGCUACGAUAAGUCUACUACCACCUGGAACCCAAACAACAAACCUUCAACGGUGAAAGUAUUCAAUAAACAAAAUUCUCAAGAGUGGGAGGAAACAAAAGAACAUGAUUGGGCCGGUAACUCGGUUUGGUUUAACAAGUCACCGUUCCUGCCGUUCCAUCCAUUUCAGCGCGAUCGGGUAGCCGGUGAAACAGAAAGUGACGAGGCACUUUUGGAUGCCCAGGAACAUGCGAGAAUAAUCGACGCCGAAGAGAGGGAAGAUCUUCCAGCUGUCAAGUCAAAUAUACUCGACAAACAUCCAAGUCCCUCCUUAAAAGAGAAGAAGGAUCACAGAAAGCACAGAAGGAAGAAGAAGAAGAAGAAGAUUAUACAGGAAACAUCCGACAAAAAAACACAAAUUAUCUCAAACUCCAUAUAUCCCAAACCCUAUCUUACUGAUAAAGGUAUAGAAAAUACGAAAAAUCAUUUAAAUCAGGAUUCUAAUGCAAUAGAAAACAAGUUAGACAAGGGAGCCCAAGCAAUGGUAUCCAAUGGGCAAGUGAAAUCAAACAGAAGCACACAGCGAAAGAUGAAAAACGAAAUCUCGCAUAAGCCAUACCAUGGAUUACAUUCAGAGAAUCUGAGUCAAUCGGCUGCUCGGGAUAAAUCAGAACGCAUAGAGAAAUUUAUCCAGAUUACAGAAAUUAAAUCAGGUGCCGUCCAAACAGUCAGGAACCCAUAUUUACAAGAACCCUACAGAACAAUCAAUGAUUACAGAAGAGGGAAGAUUCGAGGAUUUGACAGAAAAACUAAAAUCUUAUCAUCAAGUAGACCUACCUUCCAUACAUCCAGCAACACAAAAAAAUUAUCAUCAGUGUCAUCAACGAAUUCGCCAAAAUCCAUUCUCCUUCAAGAAAAUGUAAAAGUUGUCCAGAAUGAUUCAAAUUCUAAAGUUCCAAAGAUAAAACAAACUCUUGUUGGGGACAGUAUCCAGAAACCAAACAAGGUUUUGCAAAGCAAAGCGAAAUCAGCAAACAAUAUUUCCACCCAAAAUGCAGAAACCCAACCCACAGUUUCUGCAUCCGAUAUUAAUUCCCUAUCUCAACGCCCACCACUGCAAGAAAGAACAGGAGUAACCGUCAAAAUACAAAACGAUAAGAGACUAGAUCAACACGAAAUCAUAACAAAAACUGAUCUCAAACUUGACACUAAACCAUCAUCGGAUAUUAUAUCCCCAUCUCAACUCCCACCACUACAAGAAAGAACAACAGUAACUGUGAAAGAACAAAACGAUAAGAAACUAGAUAAACACAAAAUAAUAACAAAAACUGAUCUCAAACUUGAUACUAAACCAUCAUCAUCAAACACUCGAAUUCCACCGGAUCUACGGAAGGGAACAACGGACAUCAGUCGUUCUAAAACUACAAGUGAGAUAGAUAUUGCAAAGAUCACUGGAACUUCAUCCAGGAAUAAGAUGGUAAGUAGCGGAACCAGUAAACAGACACCAAAUAAACCAAAACGGGUAACGCGACCUCCUCCACCGACACGAAAAUGGGAUUACAACUAUGAUUGGAAGAAGCACUAUAAAGAUUACGUAAUGCCACGGAAACGACUACCUAAUGUCAAGUCACACGCCGUAGUUUGGACGGACGCACCACCCGGAUUAAAAAAACCGAACCGAAGACAACGAAUAGGUAUUGCCCAGACUGGUGCUAAAAGAUACCCCACAAAAAUCUUAAAUCAGCUCAAAGAAGAACGAAAGCAACAUCCCUCACAUUACGGGUACUACAGACAAAAACACAACGAAUUUAUCACGGAACAUAAUAAGAAAGUUAAAGAACAAAAGAAAAAGAAGAAGCUGAUGGAGCUGGAGAAAAAUUCAAAAGGCAAAUCAGAUUCCAAAUUGAAACUUGAAAACCCGAACUCGGCAACCCAUGUCUCUAAAACUGAAGUACACUCUACAUUUAAAAAGAAACAUGCGAGGACCAAAACAACAACGCAUGGGGAUCAAGAGUCUAUCAAAGAAAACAAAAAUAAAAAGAUAUCGCGGGACCAAGAAGGCGUUGCUGACCUUACAACCAGUACUCCUAUCCCAGAUAUAAAAUAUGAUUACAAACACAGUGAUACUCCAACGAAGGAGAUUUCCCGAAAAAGCACAGACAAGGUCGGAAAACAAGUUGAAUCUAAAUCACCAUAUCAAAGACCGACAGUAGAUCGAAACAUGGCUGUUGAGGAGACUGGUGAUAUCGACAGCACAAGAUCUGACAAAAUUGAUCCACAAAUUAAUAAAGGGGGGUUGAUUAAAUCGGAGUCUCCUUUAAAUCCGGUGAUAAAACCUUCCCAAAUAUACGACAGGAGAGUAGUAGUGGAUCCGGUUACUCCUCGGCUCAAUGUUCCAGUCAACCCCGCAGUUUUGUCCCGUCAAACUAGGUUACCAUAUCGCGCAAACCUUAUUCAGGGUCAAGGCUUUACUGGAUGGUCCGAUGACUUCAGUACAGCUAUUCCACCAGUGAACCCAUCUGCAAUCGCACCAUCGAACGGCAAAUCAAGCGGUCCUAAAUUGACAGCUGAUAAAUCUCCAGUAUAUCUUAGAGAUGGAAUAGGUAGUUUAAAACCAACUGAUCUGCGACCACAUCUAGCAAGUAAAGAUAGAGUUGUUUAUAAUCAUAUGUUGAAGUCAAGCAGCACAGCAUAUUCCUCUGGACAACCGGAUCUGGCUAACCAAAAUCAAGACUGGUCGCAAUUGGGGAUUUCAACCAAGAGGAUGUUAAAAUUAGACCAUUCUCGUUCUACACCAGCGAUUAAUUCUGGAAUUAAAGAAAACGUAGAACCCAACAAUAAUGACCAAACAUCGGUCUCCGGGGCAGUAGUUAGGUUUGACAACCAAAAGUCUGAAAGAGAUCCUCCACCUUUUUCAAACACUAAUGACCAAACAUCGGUCUCCGGGGAAGUUGCUCAGUUAGACAACCAAAAGUCUGAAAGAAGUCCUCCACCUUUUCCAAACACUAAUGACCAAACAUCGGUCUCCUGGGCAGUAGCUAAGUUAGAUAACCAAAUGGCUGAAAAAAGUCCCCCACCUUUUCCAAACACUAAAGGCACUGGCGCCUACAGUAAAAACGGAGUCUCUAUAUUGAACAAGAACGCCUCAGUGAUUUUAUCGCGCGAACAAAUCAAACCCAGAAUUGCUGUUUCUGAAAUUCAAAAUGUAAAUAAAUCACCGUUUUCUCCAAAACCUCCAAACACUAAAGGCACUGGCGCCUACAGUAAAAACGGAGUCUCUAUAUUGAACAAGAACGCCUCGGUGAUUUUACCACGCGAACAAAUCAAACCCAAAAUUGCUGUUUCUGAAAUUCAGAAUGUAAAUAAAUCACCGUUUUCUCCAAAACCUCCAAACAUUAAAGGCACUGGCGCCUACAGUAAAAAGGGGGUCUCUAUAUUGAACAAGAACGCCUCAGUGAUUUUACCUCGGGAACAAAUCAAACCUAUAAUUACUGUUUCUGAAAUUCAAAAUGUAAAUAAAUCACCGUUUUCUCCAAAACCUCUAAACACUAAAGGCACUGGCGCCUACAGUAAAAAGGGAGUCUCUAUAUUGAACAAGAACGCCUCAGUAAUUUUACCACGCGAACAAAACAAACCCAGAAUUGCUGUUUCUGAAAUUCAAAAUGUAAAUAAAUCACCGUUUUCUCCAAAACCCCCAACGUUGUUGAAAAAUAAACCCGCGAACAAACAUGGUAACGGAUACCAAUCAGCAUUCGCCUCUACAACAGACCGAGACUUAAAUGAACUCAACUGGUAUACCGACAAGAAAGAUGAAAAACAUUCUCGCCAAAUGGUUUCGAGACAGGAUCAUUUGAACGUGGCCAAAACGAUAAAUCCCAUGCAAAGCGGCCAUAUAAAAUCCAGUAUCAUUCCAAGAAUUGAAACAGAUUCCGUAACGGCGUUGGUCAAUAAAUCAAAUUUAUUAAGGAACGAUGAGGCGGAUACUAACUCUCCGAGAAAUCCGAAGAUCAUAUCGCAAGGUAUAUCCACGACUUCUUCAAGCCUAAAUGAAGACUUGUAUCAACCUAAAAUAAAUGAUAUUUUAGAAUCAUUAACACCAGGGAAGAAAUCGCCAUUUAAACCAAAAGGAAGGCGGCCAAAGGGGAGGGGUAACAGACGAAAGAAUCGAAAGCAACAAAGAGUCCACGAAAAUCUUACUAAAGCAAAACAUGUCUCAACCCCAGGACGUGUAACUCUAAAGACGGAUUCAUGGAAAUUAACAAUGUUCCCAUCAAAAUUUUCUUCUAGACAAAGUGUAAGAUACACGUCAAAUGAUAUGACAACUCAACCAUUUCUAUCUCCAGUACCCACACCGACCAUCCCUAGAGAUAUGCAUCAGCACGUCAUGAACUUGCCGACACCACCACGUGAGGACUUAACGUCUACUGGUGGACCGCAGAUUCCAGGAAUAAUUUCUUCUGGUGAGGAAAUAACCGGUUCGGACAAGUUUACUCUAAAUCUACCAGAAGUCGCUGUACUCACUCCAGUUUUCAGUAACAGAAAAACUACAACAGCCGUAUACCGUUUUAAAACCAAACCCCCUAAACAGAAGACAACUAAAUCAAAUUUGGCAAUUUUUGAUUCGACCACAUCGAACAUUGGCAAAGAUUUUAAAUCAUUACGUACAAAGGGGUUUUCGACUUCCGAUCCUGUUCAAGCUAUCAGUCCGCCAACCAAUCCCAGAAGGUUCACCCCAAACGAUGUAUGGAAGUCAUUUAAAAUUCUCAACGAUUUGAUGGACAAAGCGUCAAAAGUAAAUAUAGGUAACAAAAACACAGGGCAAUCCAGAGAUGCCUCGAUUUUCAAAAAGAGUCGUAAAAAUCCUAUCCAGAAAUUGAGUCCAUUCAAUAAAUACAAACCAAGUACCCAUAAAACCGUUCAACAUGAAACAACAACGCCGGGGACGGUACGCCAUAGCCCUAAAUCAAUUUUCACUAAACAAUCACCAGAUAAGAACAAUCAUUUUGUGAUCCAAAACAAUGGUAGUAAACUGGAUCAACCUGCCAAGCCCUUCCAAGAUAACGAUGACACUACUAGCAAAAUCAUUACUCGCCUUAAUAACCUUUCUCAAAUAAACGUCACGCCUCAACCAGCUGGUACCUUCUCCAUCCCCAGCUCCCAAGCUCCUGUUAUAUUCUUCCCAACACAGAACGGAAAGACUGUAUCCACAGAGGGUCAUAUGAAUAUAUUUGAGUUCCUGCCUAACGCCAUUAAAAAUGUAUAUUUCGGUAGAUCUUAUUCAUCUGCGAACAAAUCAUCUGCUACGACGGAUAAAAGUGUUUCUACACCAAGACUAAAAGUCACUGCAUCAAAUGAAGUCACCAAAAAAUUACGUUCCCCAUACAUGAAAGUUGAUGACACCGGAUUAAAUAAAACAACGCCAAGCAGGAAUCAAUUCAUUCUUCCAGUAAAUAAUCAUGACAAGACCCAAUUGUAUCCACAAGCAAAUCCAGGAUCCCUGGAGAAUCAGCUAACAUAUGACAAAACCUCAAACGGAGAAACUUUGAAUUUUAACUACCAUGAAUCUGAGAAGAACAAAAACGUGGAAAACGUUUUAUUCCAAGAAAAAAAUGCGUCGGUUGCCAGAACAACUCCUCAACUGAAACCCGAUCGCGGACAACCAACCGAUACAGUGGUACGACCAACAAUUGGGACAAAGCGUUCUUUCAAACAUCAACCAGAAACUGAUCUUAAAGGUAAAACCCAACACGAGGGGAUUUUCGACGGUACCACUCACAGAAUACCUAUAGUAACGAGUAACAAAUUAUGGCAGCACCGUAUAUCUACAAAGAAAAACACACAAGAUCCGCUAUCAGUUGGAACAUGGCACAACAAUAAAGAUACGCCAAGUUCAAACCACAGACAAUACACUUCAAGGGACGAUGACAAACGAAUUAAGCCAAAUUAUAUCAGCCCGGCAACAGAAUCUGCCGCAUCAGACGUCUUUCACAAAUCCUUGAGAUCUACAACUACUCCUCUAACAGUGUCAACCAAUCCCAAAGGUUAUAAAACAUUAGAUGACACAAAACACAAAAGUAACUUUCAACCAUCUCCAACACGGUUGAGCAGCAUGGGUGUUCGAGUUAAUACAGAAUCCGCCGCAUCCGACGUCUUUCACAAAUCCCUGAGAUCUACAACCAUUCCUCUAACAGUGUCAACCAAUCCCAAAGGUUUUAAAACAUCAGAUGACACAAAACACAAAAAUAACUUUCAACCAUUUCCAACACGGUUGAGCAGCAUGGGUGUUCGAGUUAAUACAGGCACUCCGUCACCAACAAAAUUUAAUAGACCGUCAUCGUCUCAUGCUUCUACAACAACUUCCAAAUCCCAAAGUUCAUCACGUAAAACUGCAACGAAGAGGGUGCGAUUUCAUGACUUUAAAACCAUACACGGAAAUGCUGCUAAAACCACGAACGUCAAUGAAAUGCAAACUUCUAACAAUGCUAUAAAUGAACAGCGGACGACGUUUAGGCAAUUGGAUUUGAAAGCAGGGGUUACUACGGGCAAACGUGGGAUACAUACAACAAAGACGAAUUUUGGCUACACGUUACAUUCUUCUACUACAAAUGGUAACAGACGAAACACUGACCAAACCCGGACAGGUGGGACUAGUAAAGCUAAUGUUCUGAACACCACAACAAAACAAAUAAUACAUUCCAAAAAUACAAACGGUGGCACAAACAACAAAGCUGAAGUUACGUUAUCGUCGCUUACUACUAAUUCGACACCUAUUAACAAAAUAAGCACGACUACAACGAAGGGUGGACUGACCGUGAACCCGAAAUCGUUUAAUCCAACACCAAAGACGAAAAAUGAAACGACAAAACUGAACAUAACAUCUGAUAUUUUCAAAUGGAUCUACGAUCUUUCAAAAUCUUUCCCAAAAAGAUUAAACCACGAACCAGGGACAGGCCAAAAGAACCAUACUGAUUCUUCGAUCAACUUAUUGACAUCAUCUAAGAAUAUUACCACAACAGUUCGGGGUCCCACUGCCUCUUCCAUCAAGCCGCCUUCAACAUACAUUAGUAUUUCUCCAUCCGGUCUUUCCCCAAAAGGAGAAACGAAGCGCACAGAAAAGAGUACAGUCUCUGGUAUCUAUAAUGCAACAAACGGAAAAGCUAGAACCGAAAUGGUUAGUUUAGACACUCUAGGCAGUUCACUUAAGCCAACUACAUCCACAGAACAAAGCCACGCACCUACUAAAUCCACUACUUCUAGGGACAACCUGGGUCUUUUCUUCGGGUGGAGUCUUCCUAAAGAAGCAUCACCGUCUACAACAACUAAAAAUCAAAGCAAAGGUACUUCCGGGACAUCAUCCCACACUCCUGAAAUCAAAUCAACAACCAAGGCGUCAAGGGCAGUCACAACAACCAAACAGAACGCUACCAGUCAACCAACACUUUCAACAACUGCUAAGACUCAACCAUCGACCACCUUACAACCCAAGAAGCAGAAUACGACGAAAACUACGAAACAAUCAACAAAUCCAACCACAGCAGAAUCAACUACAGUGACAACUCCGAAAAAAAUAUUGUUGACUUUGCCGCCUUGGUUAAAACUGCCUGACCCAAAUAAACCAAAAACAACGACACAGAAACCAAAAACGACACAAAAACCAACGACAACGUCAACAAUAACAACAACAACAACAACAACAACAACACGAAAAAUAACCAAGAAAGUAAACAAGAAAACAACGAAGAAAUCCAAGAAGAAAGUCACGAAGAAAACGUCGAAGAAAACUACAGCAGGUACCACAACGUUAAAAACGACCACCACAGAUCUUCCUAACACCACCAACAGAAAACCUGCUGCUCCUAAAAGACCGGUGAACAUCACAAUCAACAAUGAUCCAGGAGCUAAUAAUGGUCCCCGUAUAAUUGUCCCUAAUGGAGGAUUGUACAUCCCACAACCACGUGACUUUAAUUCAAGUGACGGUUUCUUAGAUUUCGGAUUGCCCGGAAGCUCUGAGGCCAGGAAUUUACGACUGCAAGUGCGGAAGAUGAACCUAAAGACUGUGUUUAGUCGUUAUUGGCCAGCUAUCCUGGGUCUUACCGUGGGAACUGUCUUCCUGGUAGCAGCAGUUUUAACAUCGGUAGCCUGUAGGCAGCAAAGAUUGUAUAUACGACGAUCGGGGUGGACGGAUAUGCCGCAUCACGUAUCGGAGCCACCAGACACCAGUGAAUAUUCCUCCGCCGCAUCUCUGGUCAGCGACGCAACGAGAUCAUCUAUUAGCUUCCCCUAGUAUCAUUGAAUAAAUUAAAACAUUGUAUAUUCAGACGUUAUUCGUCAAAGACUAUCCUAAUUAAUCCGUCUUUACAUUUCAAAUCAUUAUAAAAACUAUUUGUAGAUAAUUUUAUUUUAUUUAACAGCUUAGGUGAAUUUAGAUCAAAUCCUUCGGCGAUUGUUUUUUUUUAUAAUUGCAGUUGUUUCGAGGCGUAUCUCUAAAGAAAAAAUAGUUAAAAGGGUCUAUUGGUCGAAAUAAUAAAAAAUGUAUCAUAUCUUUCGGUAAUUUUCUAUAAUGGCAGUUUCGAGGAUUUAUCUCCAAAACGAAAAGUUAAAAGAAUCCAUAAAUUUUAAUUUUUAGUCGUGAAUAAAAAAGAAAAUGGCUUAUGAAUAUUUGAAGUGUGCAUAUGUCAAGUUUUGGACAAUUCACGCUAAGAUGUACUAAAAUUAGAUAUUAUACAUUUAAUUAAGAAAACCCAAUCGAAAUAUCAACGGUAGAUAAUCUCCUGAUUUGGAUUCAAGAGGAUUAAAAUGAGGGCCAUCAAAAGAUUUCUUUCGGAAAUCAUAGGUGGCGCUGGCUUGUGUUGGCCACAUCCUAUAUAUCGUCUGCAAUAUAUCCAGAAUGUUAACAAAUUUUUAAUUUAUCAUAUCUUUGUAAAAUACUCAAUCCAAUUAAAAUACAGAUCUAUAUUUCGUUUCGGGUUUUUUUUAUACUUUCGAUGGCCUCUGCUACAUGUAAUGUAGUAAAGACAAGUAAAACUAAAUUUUGAACUAUGAAAAACGAAACGAAAUAGGAACUGUGUUUUAAUCAUACUGAUAUGACUUUUAAAGGUUCAACUUUCUCAUUAUUGUAGUUUACGAGGGAUUCCUCAGCCACUCAAAUGAUGACCAGCGACUUUAACUUUUUAUAUCUGAUAAAUGAUCGAAAUUUGAAUUUGAACUCUAAAUGCUUUAAAUUUAUAAUGAGAACGUUUUAUAGGGUUGGGAUAGCUUGGUUACUGUGGUGCAGACAGUUCCUAAAUGACGCUGACACAGGUUCGAAAUUAGUUUUCUUUGUUGGAACGAGAAAUGUUAUAAUACGAGUGAGUUGUUUUGUUCAACUAAAAUAGUGUUUGUACAUAUCGUGUAAAUAUAGUGUUUAUAAAUGGUUUAUUAUUAUAUUAUAUUCUAGUCAUUUCUGCUUUUGCUUCUGGUGAGGAAUGGUGCAUGCGCAAUGUGGGUUUAUAGCCUUUUGUUUAAAAACGUUAUCAUGAGCACGAAAACUGUAUUUGAUAUUAAGUGUAAACUUUGUUAAAACUUUAUAAUUUCAAACUCGAACUUUUUAACUUUAAAUUUUACAAAAUUAAACACAAACUUUCAGUUACACUAUGACCAAUGUUCUACUUUAUUCUACAUAACCCGAAUAUUCGAGAUAGGGUUUUUAACUGUUCGUAUACCUUAAACAUACAUUAUGCAAGAGCUAAAUCUGCCUAUCGCAGGUCUUUCUGUAGCCCAGAAAUGUUAUAUAAACUAUUAAUUAGACAUCAAUUCACAUGACAAGACCACAAUCAACUAUCGAUGCCAUCUUAUUUGUCCGAUUUUUAUUAGAUUUAAAUCCGGUCUGCUGUCCAACGCCCACUGAUGAUUAACCACAAAAAUGGAUAAUCGAGACUUCCUUUAUUAUAGUUACAGCGGUAACAAUGACAAUCGAGGCUAAUAAGGUUUUCUGGGUCCCGAGUGAAGUAAUUUGACUGAAAUUUUCAGUAUAUCCUCUUAUUUUUAACUAUUAUAGAGCAAACUGCCAACUCUUUAUCUGAUCUCCCAUAAUGUAUCUUUAAGUGUCUGAUCUGAAUUUUGCCAUUGUUUAAACAUACAUUAUGCAAGAGCUAAAUCUGCCUAUUGCAGGCCUUUCUUUAGGCCUGAAAUGUUAACUCAAUUAUUAAUUAGACAUUAAUUAAUUUAUCCAGACCAUAAUCAACUCUCGAUGGCAUCGCUAGAAUGUGAUGUUUAUUGGAUUAGGUUCCGAUUUGCUGUUCGACUUCCAUUCAUAAUUUAAUCAUGAGAUAGAUAAUCGAGACUAUGUUUAUUUUUAAUCCUACCGACUUUAGUAAUGAUGAUAGAGGCUAGGCGGAAAAUUCAAUCUCUAAAAUCUCGGUUCAUAGUGGAUCAAUUUGACUGAAAUUUUCAGAAAAUUCCCUUUACAGGAUAUAGUUUUUAACUAUUAUAGUGAGAACUGCCAGCUCUUUAUCUAAUCUCCCAUAAUGUAUCUUUAAUAGACUAUACCGUAAUAUUGUUUUUAUGUUCCCACUAUUUGGGGUUUUUUUUGUAUAUUAUUUUACAUCUGAGUUUGAUAUUUACCUUCUUCAUCAUUAUUUUUUAGUGUUGUCUCAAAUAAAUAGAGGAUAUUUGUCGUUUUAAGAGUGAAUAACAUAUUUUAUUUCAUCGAGAAGCAAGAAAACUCGCAUUCGUGAAAAUAUAAACGUUUUCUUGCUUAGAGAUGAAAUAAAAUAUGUUAUUCACGACAAAACGACAAAUGUUCUAUUUAUUUUAUAAUUUUACAAUCAUUUUAGGUAAAAACAACUCAGUGGAAUAACACAUUUAUUUCACUGAUAAAACGCGGUAUUCCACUACUGAUCAUAAAAUAAAUAUCAUUAGCUGCCUACACUUUGUUUAUGCUUAAAACAAAUAAAUGUAAUUUGUUUGUUUUGGAUUAUUAAAUAUUUUUUCUAAAGCAUGUGACCAUUUAUAGAAUUAUCACAACUGUUUAAAUACGUUAUCAUUUUGUGCUGCCUUCGAAAAUAAUAAUAAUUAUCUGCCCACACUUUGUUUUUGUUUUAAACCAUUAAAUGUAACGUAAGUGCUUAAAAAACUUACUGUACUGAAAGUCAAGGGAGAAAAUAUGUUGAUACAAAAACAUCGUCAAUAGCUCCAUAAUCUAAAAAAAAGAGUAAUAGGGAAAUGUCAAUAAUUGAGAAGCAGUUCAAGAGAACAUCGUCAUUAUCCCCGUUUUCUAAAAAAGUGUAAUAAGAAAAUAUCAAUAGUUGUAAAGCAGUUAAAAAAAUAAAAUUAUAUCAUCAAUUCGCAUCACGUUGGCGUCAUGUUUUUUUAGUAUUUAUUUGUCUAUUUAUUGUUAAUCAUAGUGUUUUGAAUAGAAUAUAUUUUACAUUAGAUUUUUUAAUUAAGUUUACUACCAUUGAGCAUUGUUUUGUUUGACUCUCAUUUUUAUUUUAUUUUUUUUUAAAUUAAGAGUAGCCCUGGGUAGGGUUUACAAAUUGCCAUAGCUGUACCUUAAAACGGUAAUAUUCAUACCAGACUCAUAUGGCAAUGUGCCAAGUGUACAUUAUUUAUACUAGUUGAAAUAUUAUACCCGCGUGGCGUAUUUCAUUAAAAUGCCCGUGCUGGUAUUGUAAGUUGUUUAAUGGUCUCGUGCAAGACCUUGCGUAAUAUAUAGUUAUCGUCCUCGUGCUAACACACUCGUGCAAUAUCAAUAUAUUUACUUAAAGGGCCAAUCCCGAUAAUAUUUUGGAGAAUAAAAUUGCUUAAUUUUGUGUUAAAAUCCCUUAAAAUCCUCUACCUUAGGGCCGAGCAACUAACUCAGUAUAUGGGAUACGUUUUCAAACAACUUAAAAUGUCAAUCGCCAUCUGGAAAUAGAGACCGGUGUCCCAAUUUGUAUUAUACUGUGUCUGGAUAAAACCAGACUUUUAUUUUAUGAAAAUAAUGUGUAGGUGAAAUUUACCUUUCGUUAUCAAGUACAGCACAUAGGUCAAUCACUGUAUAGUCCUCUAAAUGAACGGGAAUCGAUUAUCAGGUCACCCAACGAAGAAAUUGACCCGAUAUCUUAAAAGGGUUACGUGUCCGGAUAAGCAGUUUUGACGUUCACAUCCAAACGACUCAAUAUUUUAAGAUAGAAUUUUGAGACAUGGUAAAUACACCACUCCUCUAUAUUUUAGUGCUUAAAUUCCAUACUUACUCGGACUUUUAUUUUUGAGACUCUGUUCAAAUCGGGAUAGUCCCUUUAAUGUCCCGCCCGCGACCAUUAAACUACACAUAAACUGUUUAUUUUUCUAUAAUGUUGCUUACUGUAAACUAUGGAAACCUGUUCCGACCUUUUUGACAAUCUUAACUUCUUACUCCUUCAUCCUAGACUUCUUAACUGACAACUUCUUGCUUUCUCGCGUUUGAAAAUCCUUGCCUUCUCGACUUCGCGCCAAUCGACUUACCGUCUCUUAAUUUUCCGCUCCCGACCCCUCGCUGUAAGAAGUCGAGAUAACAGCAGUGGUAUACUAAAGAUGUAUUAUGUGAGAUCUAUGGCAGGUUUUUCUUUUGAAAUCAAAUGUUAGACAUUUAUUUACAUGACAAGCCCAUAAUCAACUCUCUUGGUCAUCGGAUGGUCGCAAUUUUCAAUGGAUUGAAACACGAUCGCCAUUUAAUAAUUUAAGACUGUAUUUAUUAUCGUACCAGCGGUAUUUGACAAUCGAGACUAUAUUACAAGCACUUCGAAGCCUGAUAACUUCGGUCACGAACGAUAUUUUUGUACUAUUAUAGCAAGCACCACCAGUCGUUAAUGUAACUUAAAAACAUUUCGAGUAAUGCCGAUGUUUAUUGAUUUUUAUAUCGUUAUUUAUUAUUCUAAGAACAGAUACAUUCAUGACAAUAGAAAUAAAAUCAAAAAGAAAAUCAUAAAUGGUCUACGGAUAAAGCAUGAAAACCAGUAAAAAUUAUGCAAUGUUCACUGGUUUAUUUCAAAUGUGGUUCUUGGCAGUUGAUAUGAAAUGCACGUUUUUUUUUGACAAUUUGUACAGGUUACAAUGCUGACUUGCCUGGGGCUAUGUCUACUUUCAGUUUAUUUAUUAUUUAUGAAUGUAAAUAAUUGAAUGUUGUGUGUAGAUUAAGCACAUCUCUCAUGUAACGACAUUAUUACUAAUAAAGCCUAUUGUAAA